AUGUCUGAACCUGCUCAGUCUUCUCUCGGCGACCCUCAAAUCAACGCUGAAUGGCUUGCUGAGCUGUUCUCUCAAAAGUGUGGGAUCUCGCAACCGCAAGAAUUCCAGAUCAAACACGGACUAGACAUCAUUGAAGGACGCAAGGUAUUUCUAGUUAUUGCACCAGGUCAGGGCAAGACGACAGUCUUCUGGGCCCCUCUACUCGCAGCUCAAGCACUCGGUGAGCGAGGCGUCGCGUUAUACAUUGUCCCUACCAAGCUACUUUCUAUACAGCAGAGCGAGAGUGCCCGUCGAGUUGGGCUGCGCGCGAUCGCGCUGAACGAGGAUACUGUCCGCGACGCAUACUACGACAAGCGCGAUCUUUACGACGAGCUGCAGAACGGUAAAGAUGUCCGCAUCACUUUCCUGAGCCCUCAAAUGCUUGCUGGAGAACGCAUGAUGAAGCUCCUGCGAAUAUCUGGCUUCAAAGACCUGAUCCGCUGGUUCAUGAUUGAUGAGGCUCACUUGCCCGAUGACGAGAGCCCUCUCUGGCGCGAAAGCUAUUCUGUUCUCAAGACGAUGCGUGCGCGGCUGAACUCCAAUACAACCUGGGUUGCUGUGACCGGUACGGCUACUUCUGGUCAUGCUCUCAAAAUUGCGGCAGGUCUUGGCUUUCGGCAAGGGCAGUACGUGAACGCUCGUUACUCCAUUGACUGCCCGCAUAUCAAGUACAUCACUCGCUUCUUUAUGCACCCAUUCUCUGGCUCCGAGUUUCGAUCGUCUCGACUCCGCGGAGAAGGUGGGUAUAUCAAAAGUUCCACUAGAUGAAUGCUGAGAAGGAGAGGGUGUAAAAUACCCAUGCUGCCAACUGUACGUUUGGAAGUUGGAGCCAUAGCCUGCAAAUAUUGGACUGUACUGCCCAUGGUAUGCUGUAUGCGGGUGAGAAGCUGUCGAAAAGGGACUGGCAAGCGGAUAGGGCCUAGAGUCUGGGGAGUGGUUCGGGCCACUUUGGCGGGCAGAGGAAGGGAAAGUGGGGCUUUCUCUGCUUGCUUCUUCAUCACUUUGAUUUGUACUCUGUAUUGCAUUGGUUUCUUGAGAUGACAUGGCU